UCGAAAGAAUUCAUGCAUGGAUUUAAUUUCUUUCUUCCUUUAUUUAUUUUUGUUACUGCUCUCUGUGAAGCGGUACCCAGCUGCAGCUUUUCGUGUGGGGAUUUUUUGCAUGCAUUUUAGUAAUGAGUGCACUAAGACAUUGGUGUUACGUUCUGUUAAAUGUAAUCGGACGCUGAAUUCAGAUAGCUCUUGCACUCUUCGCCUCGUUUUUGGAUUGAUCGGUAGAGUCGGUCUUGGAACCGAAUCUUUUAGGUGUAUCUUGGUAGAGAGUUGUUGAAGUGUGUUCCAAUGGCUUCGGGGACUUCAUUGUCGACAACUAAAAAUCGAAUUUGGGUUAUGUCGACUGAGUGCUACAAUAGAGUAACUUCUGGGAUCACUGCAAGUGUGCAACCAUCGGCGUUCCUGGGAACGAAAAUCUCGGUCUGCAAGGGCGCCUCUGUUCUUUCUAGAGCCGUGAGUGCGAGUAUUUCUAGGCAGCCACUAGUUGCACCCAUUCGGGCUCAGGGUGUUGCGGCUCCUGCCGACACCAAGGCGCCUACUACAACGAAAAAAACUGACACCAAGUCUACUGUUAUCAUCACUGGAGCCUCGUCAGGUCUCGGUCUUGCCACCGCUAAGGUUCUUGCCGAUUCUGGCGAAUGGCACGUUAUAAUGGCAUGCCGUGACUUCCUCAAAGCCGAACGUGCUGCGAGAGCUGUGGGCAUGCCCAAGGAUAGCUACACCGUCAUCCAUUGUGAUUUGUCCUCCCUCAACAGUGUCAAGCAAUUCGUUGACAAUGUUCGCCAAUCCGGGCGUCCCCUGGAUGUCCUUGUGUGUAAUGCCGCAGUGUAUUUGCCUACUGCGAAGGAACCUAGGUACACCGCGGAUGGCUUCGAGCUGAGCGUGGGUACAAACCAUUUGGGGCACUUCCUCUUGGCUAAUAUGCUGAUGGAAGAUAUUCAGCAUAAAGAAAAUGAUACCAAUCGGAGGGUCAUCAUUGUGGGUUCGAUUACAGGAAACACGAACACAAUAGCAGGAAACGUGCCGCCGAAGGCUAACCUUGGCGACUUGCGUGGGCUUGCGGGUGGGCUCGAUGGAGUGCGCUCCUCUGUUAUGAUUGACGGAGGUGAAUUUGAUGGUGCCAAAGCAUACAAAGACAGCAAGGUCUGCAAUAUGCUGACCAUGCAGGAGAUGCACCGCCGCUUUCAUGAGAAGACGGGUGUCACUUUCGCAUCAUUGUAUCCUGGGUGCAUCGCCACAACAGGACUCUUCCGCGAGCAUUAUCAACUCUUCCGAACCUUGUUUCCACCUUUCCAGAAGUAUAUUACCAAGGGCUAUGUUUCAGAGGAAGAGGCUGGCAAGAGAUUGGCUCAGGUUGUGAGUGAUCCCACCCUGAACAAGUCUGGUGUAUACUGGAGCUGGAACAACCAGUCGAAUUCGUUCGAGAAUGAGCUCUCCCAGGAAGCUAGCGAUGCGGAGAAAGCCAAGAAGUUGUGGGAAAUAAGCGAGAAGCUCGUCAAUUUGUCAUAAAACCACUACUUUAUAUUUGGCCCCAGUUGCCGACUUGAUGUCUACACCUGCCUGCAUGUGCCUUUGAGAAUCUCACCUUUGGAGAAUAGGUGGAUCAAAGUUCAAUCAUUUCGAUUCCAGAGUGGGUAGACCUGUGGUGCAUUACAAAUAGCAGUGUUCUCGUUAAACGAAGAUGUAGAAGUUCGAUCUGCUAAUGACACCACGGCGUUGAGUAGAAAGUGCUGUACUUUAGUGUGCGAUGACAUGAAAAUCGUGAAGGAUAUAGGGUUGCCUGAUAUUUCCUACCGAGAGACCACAGUAUGAGACUUUUGUAAGACGGCAUAGGCUAGUGUAGGAAAACACAUGGAGAUAACAAUUAUAUUAAUUCAAAUUCCCAUUUCAUUGUGAA